GUGUACUUUUGGGUGUGUCCUUCUAAAACGAGAAGGCACCUCGGGCAAAUACCCUAGUCCCUCCUCUUUCAAGCGAUAGUGGCAAUAAAAGUAUGACUACUAUAGUAGUUUAACUCAGUGGGGCAAUAAGGGAAGGUCUGUUUUCUCGUUUUCUCCAGCUGUUCUUCUUCCGCAGUUUGCCUGCAAUCUUCGGGUCCCGUGCAGUAAACAUAUAAAUACGGUAUACAUCGCCCUUUAUUAUGUAUCAGCUUAUAAGGAAAUUCGUGUUCACCGAAUCGCAUUGCAUUGAAGAGGACAACACGAAAAGUUUCGCGGAGUUGUUUGAGACUGAUGUUAACAAAGAUGGGAAAGUGGAUGUUUCUGAGCUCAAGACGGGCCUGGCUGCUAUGGGCUUCUCUAUGGGCAAAGGAGAAGCGCAGAAAAUUUUUGCCUCUGGAGACACUGAUAAGGAUGAAGGGCUGGACUUUGAGGAGUUUUCAAAGUAUCUGAAAGAACACGAGAAAAAACUCAAACUGACCUUCAAGAGUCUGGACAAAAAUCGGGACGGUUGCAUCGAUGCCAAAGAAAUCCAGCAGUCACUUAAAGACAUAGGCAUAAACUUGACAGAUCGAGAUGCAGAGAAGAUCCUCAACAGUAUUGAUGUGGAUGGAACCAUGUCUGUGGAUUGGAAUGAAUGGAGAGAGCAUUUCCUCUUCAACCCAGCAGAUGACCUUCAGGAAAUCAUACGCUACUGGAAACACUCAACUGUGUUGGAUAUAGGUGACAGUCUAACUAUUCCAGAUGAGUUCACUGAGGAGGAAAAGACCACAGGCAUCUGGUGGAGGCAGCUUGCUGCCGGGGGCGUGGCAGGGGCGAUCUCUCGGACAGGCACCGCCCCCUUGGACAGAAUGAAAGUCUUCAUGCAGGUUCAUUCCUCAAAAACCAACAAAAUCAGUCUGGUGGGCGGGUUCAAGCAGAUGAUUAAAGAAGGGGGCGUGGCCUCUCUGUGGCGGGGUAAUGGAGUCAACGUCAUAAAAAUCGCCCCAGAAACUGCAAUCAAAUUCAUGGCAUAUGAGCAGUAUAAGAAAUUGCUGACCAAAGAUGGUGGGAAAAUCCGGUCACAUGAGCGGUUCAUGGCUGGCUCUCUGGCUGGUGCGACCGCUCAAACAGCCAUCUACCCCAUGGAGGUAAUGAAGACCAGACUUACUCUGAGGAAGACUGGCCAGUAUUCUGGGAUGUUUGACUGUGCCAAGAAGAUUCUGAAGAAGGAGGGAGUGAAGGCCUUUUAUAAAGGCUAUGUACCCAAUAUCCUGGGAAUUAUUCCGUAUGCUGGAAUAGAUUUAGCAGUGUAUGAGACCCUGAAGAACGCCUGGUUGUCUAAGUAUGCUAAAGACACUGCUAACCCAGGGGUGCUGGUUCUUCUCGGCUGUGGGACCAUUUCUAGCACAUGUGGCCAGUUGGCUAGUUACCCUCUCGCUUUGGUCCGCACACGCAUGCAGGCCCAGGCAUCAAUGGGGGGAUCGGAGCAGGUGUCCAUGUCCAAGUUAGUGAAGAAGAUCAUGCAGAAGGAGGGCUUCUUUGGGCUUUACCGUGGGAUCCUGCCCAACUUCAUGAAAGUGAUUCCGGCUGUCAGUAUCAGCUAUGUGGUGUAUGAGUACAUGAGGUCUGGACUAGGCAUCUCAAAAUGACCAAUGUCUUGCAUGUUUUAACCUCCUUUCUUUGAGAACACCCUCCAUGAUGGGACAAAAUGUUUGUUGAGUAACCAAAGUAUUUAAAAUAUCACAAUGACGGUAUCUUCUAUUGAGGUUGGGGCCCAACCUAAUUCAUGUUUACACUGAUAUAGAAUUGUACCUGUAUAUGUCAUUUAAUGAAUUUCUAAAAUAUUUUACAUUCGUCCCAUUGUGAGCCAGUGCACUAGAAUGUUUUACAUUCAGUCUCUGUUUUACUGAUAGAUAGAUAGAUAGAUAGAUAGAUAGAUAGAUAGAUAGAUAGUCAGACAGAUCAUGGAAAUCUGCCUUUUUACAUAAACUGUACCUAAAUAUAUAGUGUUGUUUUUUUACGAUGGGUCAUAGUCAAGUCUUUACAUGCUGCAAUCAGUACUGUUUGUAUUUGUCCUGUGAAAAACCGCUAAAUACACACAGUAAAACAAUGAACAGAGAAACAUUGCAAAAUGGAAACCCACAUUAUGACAUAAAGAGCUAAAUGUGCCUUAUAUUAUUUGAUUGAUCUCUGUGUGGGUUCCUGUACUAUACAUUGGAAUUACAAUUUACAUUUUUGUGUUGCCUUUAUGCCCCAAUGUUUGCUUAUUUUAGAAACUCUUGUUUAUAUUAAAGGCUGUAUUUUAAUAAAGUGUGUUCUGAUGUC